AUGGCAUCAGACUUGGCACAACGCGCCUUGAUGCUGCCAAAGGCGUCAAUCUAUGAAGAUGAUGCUUCGAUUUCAAAUCCUUCUGUCCAUCAAACUGUAUCCAGUUCAAAAGAUGACAAGCAUGGGUACCAGAGCUCAUAUUCUCUGAUCUCGUCGGAUGCUCUCUCCGAUCGCGACGCGGGCGUCGAUUGGCGUCCUUUCUGGCUCCGACGAAGCACACUCGCCGCAUUCAUUGGAGUUUUCCUCCUUCUUGCUGGGCUCAUCAUUUACCUGGACCACCAAUCGCGAGUAGAUCAAGGUCUCGUAGAAUUUGCCCAACAGUGGCAGUAUGUUUGGAGAUUUGCCCCUACAGCAAUCCUCACUCUUGUAGCGGCUCUCUGGUCUAGAACCGAAGUACAAGCUCGGCGAUACAUGCCCUGGAUCAUUCUCGCCAAGGGUCAGCAAGAACAGUCCGCCAUACUUGCUCUUGAAUAUGUCUAUGAGCUCUCGCCUGUCGCAUUCUACAGGUCUCUUCGCAAUCGGCACUUUCUCAUCUCUCUUGUCUUGGGCACCACAGUUAUUCUAGAAGUUGUCAUAAUCCUCUCCACGAGCCUAUUCUAUCACGGUACUGUCGACACUGUGUUGGAUGUUCCCGUCAGGGCACUUGAUUCAUUUGCACCACCGACGAACUUAACAGCACUCGAUGCGAGUCCAUAUUAUGUUGCUAAAAGUAUAAAUGCUCUCGGAUCUCAGCUGCCGUUUGGUCUUACCGAAGUUGGAGCAUACCAAAAGUUCGAAGCUGUGAGCAACAUCACGAAUGACCCAGGAAAGCUGGUAGCACCAUUGUCUGCGAUCGUUGAUGGAAUAUACGUCGAUGUGCAAUGUGUGCAGCUUGAAUCUAUUUCAUCAAACAUAACAUAUGAUCCAGAAAGAUAUAUAUACGAGGCGACCAUCACGCCCAAGUUUCAAGGAUGCGGCGCUUCAUUUAAUCUUUCAUCCGGCUUUUCGUGGUAUCUGGGUGACGUUGGCCCGCCCAAUGUGACAAGUUGGUGGACUUUGGACGACCUCUACCUGAAUAAGUCUUGUAGCAACCUACCACGGCCUCAACAACAGUUUGCAGUUGUCGCAGCUUUUUUUGGCCCUUCAGCGGAAAAUAUAUCCUUGCCGGUUUUGGGUACCGCGGGUGGAGUGGUAUGCUCCCCGCAUGUUUGGACGUCAAAGGUAGAGGUUGUUGAUAAUGGAGUCAACCGCACCGUACAAUCAGUCCAAGACAGCGAAGAGAAUCCUAUCGACAUUGACGUUGACUUCCAGCGCCUGCUCUCGUAUGCCAUUCCAGAUGAUGUUGGAGGACAGUGGGCCAAUUGCUGGUUGCAAUCACCGGACAUCAGCUUCUACGGCUCGGAUGAAGGAGGAUGUGGCAUCGUCCAAGCAGAUUCGAUCGCAUUCCGCGACGGAAAUUGGGUUGAUUUCUCCUCGGGAUAUGACUCGGGCGUCAACCUGGACAAUGUCGAUCAUACACAAAAUCUCUCGCUGUAUACCUCUGCUGUGAUAGAGGAACAUGUUCAAGACAUGUACUCACGAUUUGGGCCGUUUGUUAGUCACUAUCGAAUGAGGCAGUCCAAUUCCGUCGAGGUCAAUGGAACGCGACAGAUUCCCGUGGAGCGACUGCUAGUUGACGAGAGAAUCGCCUUCAUUAUAGCAGGACUGUGCUUUCUUAUUGCUUCUCUGACCUUGGUCACUACUCUCUUCUUCACAGUAGAGCCAGAUACAUUUCCCCGAGAUCCAGCCACUUUGUUGGGAAUCUUGGCCUUUUUGAAAGAAAUCCGAGGAAUAUUGCCGGCGUACGAUAGCCAGACUUGGGCCAGCUCUAGAGGCUCGGUAUUGCCAUUGAGAACCUGGGUGCGAACAGCCGUUACACUCGCAUUGGUGUGCCUUAUUGUCGCUGUUGGCACGCUUUUUCAUGUCUCGCAGACGCAGAAUGGCAUCGCAACGCUUGGCGGCAACGCGUAUCUCUCAACCUUUGGAUUGAUGAUCCCCGGCCUGCUCACGUCGUUGGUUUCACUGUACAUUACUUCCUGCAACGGAAUCAUUCGCAACCUCUCCGUUUUCUCAUUGCCGUCGUCCUUGCCUGUUCCGUCGCAGUUCUUGGAUAUGUCGCUUGUGGAUAUGUUGGGUUUUCGAGCAUUCUGGCAAUCACUUCGCAUGGGGCUACCGACGGUCACGAUUUCUCAGACCCUGACCUUCUUCUCUGCAUUCCUAACUUCACUUUCCAGUAUUCUCUUCACGACACAAGCAGUACCCAAGCCAUAUCACAUGGAACUCCAGCAGGGAACCUGGUUUGGAAAUGUCACCGAUCCAACCGCGCUUGGAAUGAAUCCAUUUAACAACUAUCGGGGGCUGAUAGGAAGUUUGCUUCUCAAGCAGGCAGACAUUAAUAGUUCAUACCCGACAAAUACGUACGAUACCUUGGUGUUUCCAGUGCUUGAAGGCCUAGCAGCGCCAGACGGACUGUCGAACGUCUCUGCCACGGCCGAAAUUCCAGCGGUUCAAUUGGUGGCAGAUUGCGUACAUAUGGACCGAUCCGAAUACACCAUUGCGAAACAAAAAGUGUGUAUAUACGGUUGUGAGGAUGACAACUACUACUAUCAGCACAUGAUGAGUGAGAACAUCACCUGCCCCGAUGGUAGCAGCGUGACCAUGAAAACCGCCCUUGGCAACGCAACGAGCGGAGACUCCUCGGACAAUAUGGCUUAUCUUGGUGCCCUCGUCGAAUCUGCAGCAGAUCCUAUCACCUUGUGGUGUCCUGGCACGCAGAGCACGAUUCAUGCCCCGCGGCUACACGGAUGGACUCAGCAGACCUACGCGUGGGGCAGCUUUGAUGCCUCGUCUGCCGACGUCAGCUUCUUUACUGCGAUGCGGUGCAACUACUCCUGGGUGGAUGUUGACGUCGAACUGACGCUCGUGGGUGGCAAUUUCACCAUUGAUUCGGACAAUCCGCCCCGGAUUAUUCAAAACAGCAGCAGGCCCCAUGUCCCCGUGUUCCCUAUACCAGAUCUGAAUGGAUGGACGACUCCGACAUCUGUGUUUCCUGCCAUUGACAUCAACUCCGGACUAGGAAAACCGUUCCGUGUGCUUCUUGAGCCGUACGGCCCGGUGGCACUAGAAAGUCUCGGCAGCGAGGCGCAUGUGGAUGAGAUUCUCGCCCAAUUGACACAUGAUUUCACCAUGGCAGCUGGACAACUUGCGAGCUCAGAGAGUAGACUACUGAUCAAUCAGACCUCCAUCUCUGAGCCGUUCAAUGCCCCGGAACUGGACACUGUGCCUGUCACCAUAUAUGACGUCUCAAGGCGCCGGUUGGUACAAAAUGCUAUUCCGACGUAUCUAAUUCUAUGCAUACUUGUCCUCAUUGUCCUGGUGAAUAUCUGGGCACUGGUGUCCAGGGGCCUACGAAAGCUGGGGUGGAGACAGAGAUGGUGGAUGCUCGAUAUGAAUCUUCAAGGGCUGGCUCCCGAAGAGCCUGGAAGCAUUGCAGCCCAAGCGGCAUUGCUAUAUGAAUCAAAUAUUAUCGAGUUGGUACCUCCUGGCGCAUGGUACAUGAAGGCGCAGGAAUUGGAGGCUUUGCUGAUCGGCAGCGAAUUCCGUCUCGGCUGGUUCCAUGAUCAGCAGAAAGACAAGGCAGUCUUCACAAUUGGACUGCUCGGUGACGAAAACAUGCCGUUUCUCGGGGCCAAGGAGGAGGUUUCGAGAAUGCAAGGCCGCGAGAUAGGCGACGUGAGAAUGCCGCUUUCUGGAAUUGUUAGGUAA